AUGUCGAAAAUCACGAUGAACAUUUUGACACUGAAGAACCUGUCAGCCUCCUUAAUGAGAACGACUGAAAGGAUCAAACUAGUUGUUCCUCAUCGAAACGCCUGCGUCACGGUCCAGCACCACUGCCACGACUGCCUCAUCAUCGGAGCGGGGGGAGCAGGCUUGCGAACCGCCGUUGGUCUGGCGCAACAACAAUUCUCGGUAGCUGUAGUGUCCAAGCUGUACCCAACGAGGUCCCACACUAUCGCAGCGCAGGGCGGAAUGAAUGCUGCUAUUGGUAGUAUGCACCCGGAUGAUUGGCGCUGGCACUUCUAUGAUACUGUCAAAGGCUCGGAUUGGCUAGGAGAUCAGGACUCAAUCCACUAUCUCACGCGUGAAGCACCAAACGUGGCUAUAGAAUUGGAAAAUAUGGGUAUGCCAUUCUCAAGGACUAAAGAUGGCAAGAUCUACCAGAGGCCUUUCGGUGGAAGUACCACGCACAACGGUAAAGAAGUGGCUAAAAGGACCUGCUGUGUUGCUGAUAGAACCGGUCACGCUCUCCUCCACACUCUCUACGGCUACAGCACCAAGCUGAAGAACAUUGACCACUUCGCUGAAUUCUUUGUGCUAGAUCUUCUGAUUCAAGACGGAGUUGUGGUCGGGGCGGUAGCGCUCGACAUGGACGACAGCAGUAUACACAGGUUUCAAGCAAAGAACACGGUGAUCGCAACAGGGGGCUACCCCCGUAUGUAUUUCUCGUGCACAGCGGCCCACACUUGCACCGGUGAUGGAUGCGCCAUCGCUACGAGAGCUGGUAUCAUGUUGCAGGACAUGGAGUUUGUGCAGUUUCAUCCGACAGGCAUGUAUGGUUCCGGUUGCCUGAUGACGGAGGGCUGUCGUGGAGAAGGUGGCUUCCUCGUAAACAGCAAGGGCGAGAGGUUUAUGGAGAAGUACGCCCCAAAAGCCAAGGAUCUGGCCAGUAGAGAUGUAGUCUCUAGAUCGAUUGCUACCGAGAUACGAGAAGGGCGUGGAAUAGGACCGAAUAAGGACUACGUUCACCUUCAGCUGCACCAUUUGAAGCCGGAAGUAAUCAAGGAGAGGCUGCCCGGUAUUUCGGAGACGGCUUGGACAUUCACCGGAGUGGACGUCUACACACAGCCUCUACCGGUCUUGCCGACGGUUCAUUAUACGAUGGGCGGCAUCCCAAUCAAUUACAAGGGAGAGGUUGUGAUUCACGAAAACAAUAAGGAUUGCCCGGUGCCGGGACUGCAUGGGGCCGGGGAGGCGGUCAGCAACUGCCACGGCGCCAACCGUCUUGGAGCCAACUCCAUUCUUGACAUUGUGGUGUUCGGCAAGGCAAUCAGCAUCAACAUUGCAAAGAACAGCAAGCCGGGCGAUAAGCAACCAGAUUUGAAAGACAAUAUAUGCGAGGCGUCAUUGGAUAAUCUGUUUAAAAUACGAGAUGCCAACGGUACCAUUCCGACAGCGGAACUAAGGAACGCCAUGAGAAACACGAUGCAAAGCAAGUGCGCUGUCUUCAGAGAGGCCAAACUACUGGAAGAAGCUAAUCAGGAGAUGCUGAAGUGGUAUCAGUCAUUUAAAGACCUGCGUGUCACGGAUCGUCGUCUCAACUGGAACAGCGAUCUUGUCGAGAGCUUGGAGCUGCAGAACAUGCUGCAACUGGCCAUCCAGCUUACGGCCAGCGCUCACAAAAGAACUGAGAGUAGGGGCGCUCAUUUCAGAGACGAUUACCCUCAUAGAUGUGACGAAAUGGACUAUUCCAAGCCAGUCGAAGGCCAGACAAAGAAACCUUUCGACCAGCACUGGAGGAAACACAGUUUAACGAUGCUAGACCAGGCCACCGGAAAGGUGACUAUAAGCUAUCGUCCAGUCAUCGAUACAACAUUGGACGAUGAAGUGAAGACAAUUCCGCCUGUCCCGAGAGUUUACUGA